AUGUCAGCUCCAUUAGAACAGCAAGUUACUUUACCAGAUGGACAAAAAUUUGUCUUGCCCACUGGUUUAUUCAUCAAUAACGAAUUUGUUAAAUCAAAAGGCCAACACACUUUGGAAUCAAUAAACCCUGCCACCGGUGAAAUCAAUGGGACUGUUUAUGCUGCUGAAGCCGAAGAUGUUGAUGUUGCAGUCAAGGCCGCCAAAGACGCGUACAAGUCAUGGAAAAAGGUGACUGGGGUAGAUAGAGGUCUCUUGUUGAAUAAAUUGGCCGACAAAAUGGUUGAACAAAGAGAUUUGUUGGGAUCAAUUGAAGCUUGGGAUUCAGGAAAACCUAAAGAGCAAAAUGCCGUUUAUGAUAUUGACAUUUGUGUUGAUACUUUUAGGUAUUAUGCUGGCUGGGCUGAUAAAGUUACUGGGAAAGUUAUUCAAAAUGAUCCCAAGAAAUUGGCAUACACUGUCCAUGAACCAUUGGGUGUUGUUGGCCAAAUUGUUCCUUGGAACUAUCCAUUGGCUAUGUCUGCUUGGAAAUUGGCACCAGCUUUGGCCGCUGGUAAUUGUGUUGUUUUGAAAACUUCAGAGAUUACUCCAUUGUCAAUGUUGUAUGUUGCACAAUUGAUUAAAGAUGUUGGAUUCCCACCAGGUGUUGUCAAUAUCAUUUCAGGUUUUGGAAAGACUGCUGGUACUGCAUUGUGUGUACAUCCUGAUGUUGCCAAGAUUGCAUUUACUGGAUCUACAGCUACUGGUAAAUUGAUUGCCAAAACUGCUGCUGACACUAUGAAGGCGGUCACCUUGGAAUGCGGAGGUAAGUCACCAUUGAUUGUUCGAGCAGAUGCCGAAUUGGAUCAAGCUGUGAAAUGGGCAGCUGUUGGGAUCAUGUCCAAUCAAGGUCAAAUUUGUACUGCAAAUUCACGUAUUUAUGUCCAUGAAUCGAUUUACGAGAAAUUUCUCACUGCUUUAUCCGACCAUGUUCAAAAAGAGUACAAGCAAGGUACAAUGUUUGAUUCAAAAGUAAUUGUUGGACCUCAAGUUUCCGAGCAACAACGUGACAAGGUGUUGAAGUAUCUCGAAAUUGGUAAGCAAGAAGGUGCUAGAGUUGUAUUGGGUGGUGAGAAAAACACUGAAGGCGAAUUAUCAAAGGGUUUUUUCAUCAAACCAACAAUUUUUGCUGAUAUUAAACCAUCAAUGAGAAUUGUAAAUGAGGAAAUUUUUGGCCCAGUUGUAUCUGUUGGUAAAUUUAACACUGAUGAAGAAGCAGUUGAAUUGGCCAAUGGUACCGAAUAUGGACUAGGUGCAGCCAUUUUCACUCGUGAUUUAGUUGCUGCUCACACUAUGGCUUCUGAGAUUGAGUCAGGUAUGGUGUGGAUCAAUUCAUCCAACGAUUCUGAUGUUCAUAUUCCAUUCGGUGGUGUCAAGAUGUCUGGUGUUGGUAGAGAAUUGGGUGAGUAUGGUUUGGACAUGUACACUCAAGCGAAAGCUGUGCAUGUCAAUUUGGGAAACAGGUUGUAA